CCUCUCCCCCGCCCCUUCCCACGCUUCGGCCCGUCGCCCCCGGCGCGCGCGCACACACACGCGAGCCCAGGCAGCAUGCAAAUGAGCUGGCUCCAGUACCCAGAUUCAAGCUCCCCACUGCUCAAUGGACAAGCCCAGCCCAGACCCGUUGCCUUCAACUUUGUCUGGGGAGGAAGAAAAACCUCUGGCCUUACUUCCUCCUGUUCCCCGGGGCCGCCGAGGCCGACCUCCAGGGGGAGCUGCCACCUCCAAUCGGACUCUCAAGUCCUCUCUCCCUCGAAAGCGGGGCCGACCCCCCAAAUCAGUGCAGGAAGCCCCGUUGACAGCACCAGUGGACAGCGCUGGCAGCAGUGAUCUUCUGUUGAUCGAUGAUCAGGGCGUUCCUUAUACAGUUCCCGAAAGGUCAGCAGCAGAUGGGCCCCAGGGCUCUGGCCCCAAGAGGGCCCCACACUUCUGCCCUGUGUGCCUGAGGGCCUUUCCCUACCUCUCUGACCUGGAGCGCCACAGCAUCUCUCACUCAGAAUUGAAGCCACACAUGUGCAAAGAUUGCGGCAAGACCUUCAAGCGGUCCAGCCACUUGCGGCGUCAUUGCAACAUCCAUGCUGGCCUUAGGCCCUUCCGUUGUGUGCUCUGCCCUCGCCGCUUCCGAGAGGCAGGGGAGCUUGCACAUCACCACCGCAUCCACUCUGGAGAGCGACCAUACCAGUGUCCCUCAUGCAGGGUACGCUUCACGGAGGCCAAUACCCUCCGGCGCCAUUACAAACGCAAACACCCAGAGCUUGUGGGGAUGCCCGUGCGCUGUGCCCCCCCAAACCCAAGACCUCAACCUCUGUGGGAUGAUGGUGAGGGCGCCCCUGUUCCAGAAGGGGUACAGGAGGAAGGGCCUGAAGAAAAGGAGCCUGCUUGGCCCAUGUCCUCCACCACUUCUCCUGUGUGUGGGUUUACAGUGGGGGCUUCAGCUGGUGCUGGGCAUGGGCAAGGUGGCCAAGACACCCUUAUUUCUGGUGGUAUUCCCAUCAUGGGAGGGGGUCAAAAGCAGGGACCUAAACCUGAUGCCACCCAGCACCCUCCUGCGGACUGACAGGCUCUGGGAGGCACGGGCUGUGGAAAUAAAUCCCUGCCUACUGA